UGAAUUCUCCGAAAAGAAGUGUGUUCCUUGAAUCUCAUGAUGCUAGUGACUCUUCUACCGACUCUAAUAAGAUGUUUAACUUGUUUGAGAAGACUAUCUUGAAAAUAGGCAAGGAAAAUGUGAUACAAGUUGUGACUGAUAAUGCAAGUGAGAACAAAAAAGCGGGUGACAUGUUGAAGGGAGUGUUCCUGCAUAUUUUCUGGACUCCUUGUGCUGCUCACUGUAUCAACUUGAUGUUUGGUGACAUUUUCAAAGAGGCGCCGUAUUCUACAGGUGAACUUGAGUCUUGAUAUUUAAUAUUCUUUUUUAAUCUUCAUGUUAGUUUUCUUACUUAUUAACUAUUAAAUUUUUUUGAAUAGUUUUUGAUAAGGCUGUUAAGAUACAUUCUUAUAUCAAUCAAAGGGCACUGUUGUUGAAUAUGAUGAGGAGAACAAAGCAAAGAAACUUGGUAAAAUCUGCUAAGACAAGAUUCGCAACAGCUUUUUGACAUUGCAUAGUUUUUAUAUGCAAAAGAAAAAUCUGAGAACCUUGUUUAUGUCUACUGAAUGGAAUGAAAGUGUCUAUGCAAAGGAAACUCUUGGGAAAGAAGUUGGGAGACACGUCAUUAGUCCAUAUUUUUGGAAUGACACUGUUCAAGCACUUAAAGUUGGUGGUCCUUUAGUUAAUGUACUUCGUAUGGUGGAUGGGGAGAAAAAACCACCAAUGGGCUACAUUUAUGAAGCCAUGGAUAGGGCAAAAGAAAGUAUUAAAAAGGCAUUCAAUUAUGAUGAAAGGAAAUAUAUGAAUGUUUUCAAAAUCAUUGAUGCAAGGUGGACGGAUCAACUUCAUCAACCUUUACAUGCAGCAGGACAUAUUUUGAACCCGGGGCUCUAUUAUAAAAAUAAUGAGAUGAAGACUUUAACUAAAGAAGUGUGGUUGGGAUAUCAUGAAUGUGUUGAGAGGAUGAUCCUAGAUAAAACUUUGCAAGACAAAAUAGGGGAUGAGCUUGGUGUGUACAUGAAAGCUGAUGGGCUACUUGGAAUUGAGUCGGCCAUUAGAGCUAGAACCUUAAGGUCACCAGUUGAAUGGUGGAUGCAAUAUAGUCAUAAUGUCCCAAACUUGCAAUAAUUUGCUAUUAGAGUGCAAAGUUUAACUUGUAGCUCAUCCGGUUGCGAGAGAAAUUGGAGCGUGUAUGAACAUGUGAGAACCUAUAUUACGUUAUUACUAAAUUAAAUGAUAUCUUAAUUGUCCAAAGUCCUCCCAUUAAUUAAUUUCUACGAAUUCUAUGCAGAUUCAUACUAAAAAGAGAAACAGGCUUGAGUUAAAACGCCUGAAUGAUCUAGUGUUCAUCAAAUAUAAUAGAACAUUGGUGCGUCGCUACAAUGCUCACAAUACCAUUGAUCCAAUUUUGUUGGAUAAUAUUGAUGGUGCAAAUGAAUGGUUAACUGGAGCACCCCAAAAUCAUGAAGAUGAAGAAGUAUAUAAAGGAGAAGGUCUCACUUAUGGUGAUGUUGCUACGGCUAGUGGUGUGGAGGAGAAUAUUUAUGGUUUUAGGGGGAGUACUUUAAGGGGCAAGGAAAAAAGAGUAGCUACAGGUUCAAGUUCAUGUUCAAAUAGAAGUAGAACUCUUGUUGAUGAGUCCUCCGAUGAGGAAGAAGAUGUGGACCAAGUAGAAAUAGAACCCUUGUUGAUGGCACUUCAAGAGUUUGAGGAUCUUGUUGAAGAAUUGGAUUUUGCUCUCUUUGUGGUUUGGUUAUGCAUUUGCUUUAUAUGUUGUUACUUAUGAGGAUUAUUGACUAUCUAGUUACUUUUUAAUCUAAGUCUUUUGAGUUCUUGAUUAUUUAUCUAUACAUAUUUUAUAUUUUAUAUUUUUAUACUAAAUAGCGCUUUUUCUAAAAAAAGCAUGCACUUCGCUUCACGCUUCUCGCUUCUGUGAAGCGAGCCCCCAUCGCUUUUUUCUGCUUCUCGCUUCUCAAAACACCGCUUCACCUUCCUUGUCCUUGAUGCACUUUACUAGAUCCAGGUCGCGGGCUUUUCUCUCUCUCGCUUUGGCGAGCCUAUACAAUCUCUUAUCCUCACCUUUUUCCCCUAACUCGACAUAUAGGCAUUCAAAAGUUGUCGUCUUAGCACUGGUGACUGCCGACUUCGCUUCUGUCUUCACCUUCUUAUAGAUAUCUUUAAGCCUACUCUUCUCCUCCUCAUCCACGCACUCCAACCACUCUGUAUAGGCAACCUUCUUGACUUUCACUUUGCCUUGUAUUCUCCAUUCCACCACCAAUCUCCUUGACGACCACCAAAGAUUGCUCUCGAUACCCCUAGAACCUCGGUAGCUGCUUUUCUAAUGCAACCAGCUGUCAUGUCCCACAUGUUGUUCACAUCCCCGCUACUACUCCAGACUCCUAAAUCAGUCAACUUCUCCCCCAUCUCCCGAGAAAAGGAGGGAGUUAGGCUCCCUAUCUAAUUCUCGAUCGGUCAUAAAGGGACUUCUUUCUCCUAUCCCUCUUAAUCGCCAAGCCUAUCACCAAAAGUUUAAGUUAGGUAGUAAUAUUUUCACUCAGAAUAACCUUACAGUCCAUACAAAGGCCUCUAUCACCAUUCCGGAGGAGUAAAUAGCCAAACUGAGUCCUAGCUACCGUGCUACUAAAGGUGACCAAUUGAUUAUCCCUCUUCAGAAAACACGAGUUAGCAAUGACCAACUCAAAAGCUUUAGCAAACUCCAAUAGAGAUACCCCGCUGCCAUUUCUUUCCCCAAAACCAAAGCCUCCAUGGACAUCAUCAAAACCAUUAGAAGUUGUAUCGAUGUGACCAUUGAAAUCUCCACCAAUGAAAAUCUUUUCAGUACUCGGUAUACCUCUCACUACCUCAUUCAAAUCCUCCCAAAAGAGCCUUUUGACUUCUUCCUCUAGGCCCACAUAGGGCGCAUACGCACAAACAACGUUCACAAUAAGCCUGCCUAUAACUACCUUAAUAAAUAUCAUCCUAUCACUGAUCCUCUUCACCUCCACCACACACUCCCUAAGAUCCGCGUCGACUAGAAUACAUACUCCAUUCCUAUCUUCUGAGCCUCAUGAGUAAUAAUUUAAAUCCCAACACAUCCCAAGCUUUGGAACUUACCCAUCUAGUCUCCUGAACACAUGUUAUAUUAAUCGUUCUUCUCUUAAGACAAGACACUAGCUCUAUGGACUUUCAUGUAAGUGACCCUAUGAUCCACGAUUCCAUUCUAAACUUACGAAGGCGUCUCCCACUUACUACUAUUUCCCCUCGCCUUCAACCCCAAUUGAGGACAUGACCCUAGUUCACCAUCAGUAACCAAAGCCACUAAAACGACAUGAACUACAAAGUGAAAAACUGAU